AUGGCCUUGCAAUUCCCAUUGGCGGCAGUCCUUCUCCUAUUAUCGGCGGCUAGUACGGUGAAAACAGCUGCUGCUGCUAAUGCCCUGCCUGGCUGCUCUGACAAGUGCGGUGAUCUCACAGUUCCAUAUCCAUUUGGCAUGGAGGAGCGUUGUUACCUGGGAGAUAGGUUCUUCAUCAACUGUAGCCAGGGGCCCAAUCUGGACCAACCCCCAACACCCUACUUGACGACCGGCGAAAUCAUUGUUACAAACAUAUCUAUAGACGUCGGGGAGUUGCGAAUAUUGCACUAUAGAGGGCGAGAUUGUUACAAUGAAGAAGGCAAUCAAACUCACAGAAACAGUCCGGAGCUCUGGAUGAGUCCUCCAUACACCAUAUCCGAUACCAAAAACAAGUUCUACGCCGUUGGUUGUGACACUUACGCAAUCAUGCGAGGCUUCCGAGGGGAAGAAGAAUUCAUUACUGGUUGCAUGUCAAUAUGCAACAGCAUUGACAGUGUUGAUAAGAAUUCUUGCUCUGGCGCUGGCUGUUGCCAAGCUAACAUCCCCGGUGGAUUGCACAAUCUUUCUGUAAAGUUGAGUACCUACAACAAUCACUCAGACCCCUGUCAUGAAGCUCAGAACAGGAAGGAUUUCGCAUGCAAGGCCAAUAGCAAGUGCUCCAACCGGCCUAUCAAAGGGUCUGUAGGUUACUUGUGCGAGCGUUUGCCUGGUUAUGAAGGAAACCCGUACCACCCAGAUGGUUGCACAGGUGAUGAUUAUCUUUGA